AUGUUUUAUGCUCAUGCUUCCUUGGAGGCUUGUGAUGAGAUACGGGAUGUUAUUGAGACUUAUGGGAGAGCUUCGGGCCAGUUGAUUAAUGUUAGUAAAAUCUCAGUGAUUUUUAGCAAGAAUGUUUUAGAGGAUUUGAAGGAGGAGGUCUCUAGUCUUUUAGGAGUAGAGAUGGUGGCUUCACAUGAGAAAUAUCUCGGCUUACCUACUUAUGUGGGGAGAAAGAAGACAGCUACAUUUCAAUACAUCAAAGAUAACUUGGCCAAGAAACUUAAUACAUGGAAGGGAAAAAUGUUAAGUGGUGUAGGAAAAGACAUCCUAAUUCUAGUUAUUGCUCAAGCUUUACCUACUUAUGCCAUGAGUGUCUUCCAGUUUAUAAAAAUUUUUUGUAAAGAUUUGGAACAAAUGUGUGCUAGGUUUUAG